CGCUUCGCGCACCCGCAUUAACCACCCCCCUGCAGAAACGGCACCGCCCCUCCCCCGAUUCUUCUCUCCUCUCUCCUGCCUCUCUGCCGCAGACCGCAGCUGCCCGCGUCCACCGUACCAGAGAACCCCCCGAGCUGUGCGCCCGCUCGGCUCGAUCCCCCCCCUCCCCGGCUCCCGGGUCGGAUCCUUAGAGGGGUUGGGCGCAGGCGAGGCCGGAGAUGUCGUCGUCGGCCGGGGGCGCCGGCGCGGGCGGCGGCGGGGCGGACAUCGCCAGCCUGCUCGAGAAGGCCAAGGAGCUGGACCAGCUGAAGAAGGACCAGGACGAAGUGGUGACCGAGAUCAACAAGAUUCACAAGAAGGUCCUCGCAUCUCCAGAGAUGGUUGAUAAAUCAGUUGAUGCCAUUUUGCUUAAGCUCCGUGGUUUAUAUGCACGUGCAAAGGAGCUGUCUGAGAGUGAAGUCAGUGCCUCAACUGCUUUGAUUGGAUUAUUAGAUGGUCUAUUGCAAUCUGGAGCUUCAACUGCACAAAGGAAAAAGAUAGUUGGUGAACAGAAAAAGAAGAGGAUCAAGUCUGAUACAGAUACGGCACGAUUUUCUGCUGCGUCUAUGAGGAACCAACUUGACCAAGCUGCAAACCUGAAAGGAGAGCAGGUUGCAGCUAGGGUAAAGUCAGAUGAUGAAAAAGAUGAGUGGUUUGUGGUGAAGGUCAUACAUUUUGAUAAGGAAACAAAAGAGUAUGAAGUGCUUGAUGAGGAGCCAGGUGAUGACGAAGAGAGCACCCAAAAGUACGAGAGAAAGUACAAGUUACCUAUGUCUUGCAUUAUUCCAUUUCCAAAGAAGGGGGAUCCUUCCAGUGCUCCAGAUUUUGGGCAGGGUCGACAAGUCUUAGCAGUUUAUCCUGGCACAACAGCUUUAUACAGAGCUACUGUAGCUUCUCAUCGGAAGAGGAAGUCUGAUGAUUAUAUUCUGGAGUUUGAUGACGAUGAAGAGGACGGGUCUCUACCGCAAAGAGCGGUGCCGUUCUAUAGGGUGGUUGCCCUCCCAGAGGGCCACCGGCAGUGAAGAUCUCAGACGGGGUCGUCCUGCAGUGUAGUGUAACAGACAGCGCAAGAAAAUAAGUGCAUCUGAGUGUGGUAAUAUAGUAAUCUUGUCUCAGCUGCAGCUGGCUGCGCGAGUCGGUGCAGAGUAUGGCGCCUGUAAUUUGUGGGCAUUGAAAAUAAUUUAUGUGCGCUUGCCAUGCGUCCCGUAGUUGUUAAGAUUCCAAGCUCACCUAUCCUGUAAAUAGAAAUGGAUCAGUGUUGCUUUCUAAUAAACUUGUGUCUGCCUCCAAA